AUCAGUUCACAAAUCUUAACCCGCCAGUGGUCAAUGUUUAGUGUUUACCGCUCAGAAUUACGUCGCAGUAAAUAGUUGUUGUACUUAUUCAAGAAGUGUAAAACAAGUGCUCAAUAUUUUAUAAAAUCACAAUUUCAAACUUAUAAUUUUUUAAGUAUUUAUUACUUAUUUAAAGGACUUGCUGAGCCAAUCUACUGAAAAAUGAGUUUACUACGGUCUUCAAUUGUCUUUGCAGUAUUAUUAACUUGCAUAUGUGCCCAAAAGCCAUUUUAUGCAUCCAGCAGUAAUCAGUAUCCAAGCGUCUUACCCCAAAAUCUACCCGCAAACAAUGGAGACUUGGGCAACAGGAUCGGCGAAAACUCCACUCCUGACCCAUACCUGGGUUCGGAAAAGCAGCCGGUAUACAACGUGGAAAAAGAGCUGGUCGACAGAAUUACAAACGAGUAUCCCAGGGACAAGCAACCGUUUUGGUAUGUGAACGCCGCACAGCUGAACAGCAUCAGAUACCAACAGCAACCGGCGGCGGUACAACCUCAAACACAGCAGUUCGGCAGCUUCACACCGACGGCGACGAGGCGUCAAACAUUCAUUCCACAACAACAGCAGCGCAAUUGACAUUUUUUACUGGGAGACGUGUUCUGAGAGCGUUAUGUCAUAACAUAUAAUAUUAUAUUAUCAUCACAAAUCUUAACGUCUCUGAAUAUUAGAAACUGAUCCUGCAGGUAGUAGUGAAAUAUAUAUAAUAAUCGUAUUUUCAUAAGUGGUGAAAACUUAUCUACACAUAAUAUAGAUCUAGGUUUUAUCCAUUAUUUCGUAAUUUAAAAUAUUUACGCCCACCUAUUUAACUUUAAUAAACUGCUAGAUGUUUGCUUUUCAAUAUAACUUUUUAUAACAUAUGUACCUAUUAUAAAUAGUUGCAUAGAUCAUUUUUGACUAACUAAACAAUAGUUACUAAUUUAAUUAUAGGUAUGUAUAUUUUUAAUUGAUUUGUUGUUUACAGUUUAAAUAUUAUAUUAUCGAACUCAACUGAAUUACACUUUUUUUUUUGUAAAUAAAAAUUUCAAUCUAAUGAGUGUUUAUCAUUCAGAAAAAAAGUAAAAUUAUUAAUAUAAGAUAAAUAUUGUCAAUUAGAUUAGUUAUAUAUUUUAAAAUAAGCAAUAUUUGCUUGGCAAAUAUAACUAAAUUCAAAACAUGUUGUAUCAACGUCAUUAUAAAAAUAUUUUUAAUGCCUAUUAUUUAAUAAUUUAUUUUAAUUGUGUACUAAAUAUUAUUUAGUACAUAAUUUUUGUAUAAAAUAAAAAAUUAUUUUAUCUUA